GGGAGAGGGGGCUGUAAGAGCUCGGUCUGACAAGGGUGCGGAGAAUCUCUGAGGGUCUUCCUUGCACCUGUCCUACUCCCUCCUCCAACCGGGACGUUAAGGGUAGAGACCCUUCCCAGACUGAGGGACACACAGGCACUGCUGUCUGCAAUGCAGGCCAUGGAGCUGCAGAAGCGGGACUACCAUGUGGAACGGCCACUGCUGAACCAGGAGCAGCUGGAAGAAUUGGGGCGCUGGAGCUUACCACCUAAGACCUACAAGUGGCGAACUUGGUUUCAGUGCUCCCGUGCUCGGGCCUAUGCCCUUCUGCUCCAACAUCUCCCAAUCUUGGGCUGGUUACCCCGCUAUCCUGUGCGUGACUGGCUCCUGGGUGACCUGUUAUCUGGCCUAAGUGUGGCCAUCAUGCAGCUUCCACAGGGCUUGGCCUAUGCCCUCCUGGCUGGAUUGCCCCCUGUGUUUGGCCUCUACAGCUCCUUCUACCCUGUUUUCAUCUACUUCCUGUUUGGUACUUCCCGGCAUAUCUCUGUGGGGACCUUUGCUGUAAUGUCUGUGAUGGUGGGGAGUGUGACAGAAUCCCUGGCUCCAGAUGAAGACUUUCGACAGGACUCGAACUCUACAGUCGAUGAGGAGGCCAAAAAUGCUGCCCGUGUGCAGUUGGCCUCCACACUCAGUGUCCUGGUUGGGCUUUUCCAGGUGGGGCUGGGCCUGGUGCACUUUGGUUUUGUGGUCACCUACCUGUCAGAGCCUCUGGUCCGCAGCUAUACCACAGCUGCAUCUGUGCAGGUCUUCGUCUCCCAGCUCAAGUAUGUGUUUGGCAUCCAACUGAGCAGUCGGUCUGGGCCUCUGUCCCUUAUCUAUAUAGUGCUGGAUGUCUGCUGGAAGCUGCCCCAGAGUGUGGUUGGCACUGUGAUCACCGCAAUUGUGGCAGGAGUGGUGCUUGUGAUGGUGAAGCUGUUGAAUGACAAGCUACAGCGAUAUCUGCCCCUGCCAAUACCUGGAGAACUGCUCACGCUCAUCGGUGCCACAGGUAUCUCCUAUGGCGUGAAUCUGAAGAACAGAUUUGGGGUAGAGGUUGUGGGCAAUAUCCCUGCAGGGCUGAUACCUCCAGUGGCCCCCAACCCCCAGUUGUUUGCAAAGCUUGUGGGAAAUGCCUUUGCCAUUGCUGUGGUUGGGUUUGCCAUUGCCAUCUCGCUGGGGAAGAUCUUCGCCCUGAGACAUGGCUACCGUGUUGACAGCAACCAGGAGCUGGUGGCCCUCGGCCUCAGUAACCUCAUCGGCGGUAUCUUUCAAUGCUUCCCUGUGAGUUGUUCUAUGUCUCGGAGCCUGGUACAGGAAAGCACCGGGGGCAACACACAGGUUGCUGGAGCUGUAUCUUCCCUUUUCAUCCUCCUGAUCAUUCUCAAACUUGGAGAACUCUUCCAAGACUUGCCCAAGGCAGUCCUGGCAGCCACCAUUAUUGUAAACCUGAAGGGCAUGAUGAGGCAGUUCAGUGACAUAUGCACCCUCUGGAAGGCAAAUCGAGUGGACCUGCUCAUCUGGCUUGUAACCUUUGUGGCCACCAUCCUGCUGAACCUGGAUCUUGGCCUAGCGGUUGCAGUAGUCUUCUCUCUGCUACUUGUGGUGGUCCGAACACAGCUGCCUCACUACUCCAUCCUGGGGCAAGUUCCAGACACAGAUAUUUACAGAGAUGUGGCGGAGUACUCAGAGGCCAAGGAGGUCCCAGGCGUGAAGGUCUUCCGCUCCUCAGUGACCACAUACUUUGCCAAUGCUGAGCUAUACAGUGAUGCCCUGAAGCGGAAGUGUGGUGUGGACGUUGACCGCCUCAUCUCCCAAAAGAAGAAGCUGCUGAAAAAGCAGGAGAUGAAGCUAAAGCGACUGCAGAAGACUCAGAAGCCCCCAAAAAAGGCUGCCUCUUCCAAGGGUACCUCUGUUUCCAUCAAUGUCUAUAGCAACCCUGAAGACCAGAGCAAUGAUGUGGAAGCCUCCAGGGCCAGGGUAAGCACAGUGGAAGAGCUGGAGGACACAGCGACCAGUGGUCAAAAAGAUGCUAAUGCCCCUAAUGUGCUCACGCUGAGGUCUCUGGGCCUGCCUCAGCCGGACUUCCAUAGCCUCAUCUUGGACCUGGGCACUCUCUCCUUUGUGGACACUGUGUGCAUCAAGAACCUGAAGAAUAUUUUCCGUGAUUUCCGGGAGAUCGAAGUGGAGGUGUACAUUGCAGCCUGCCACAGUCCUGUGAUCGCCCAGCUUGAAGCUGGUCACUUCUUUGAUGACUCCAUCACUAAGCAGCAUCUCUUUGCCUCUGUCCAUGACGCUGUGACCUUUGCCCUCCAACACUCUGGGUCUGCCUCCAUCACCCCUGUUUUGGCCACCAAACUCUGACUGUACUGCCACCCUACCCAAGACUGCCUACCUCUGGAGGUUGUGACAGGUCACCCUCAAGAAGUCCCCUGCCUGUGGGCCAGUUUCAGGUGCCACCAGGAAUCCCCUUCAUGCACACACACAUACAACUCAGGGAUGGAGGUCCUGGGAAUCCAAGUUCACUGCCACAGGCCUGGGACAGAGUACCAGUCAGGCUGGCCUUGGCUGGGUACAGGGAGGAAGCCAGUCUGUAUUUUCAGCCUCGGGAAUAAAGGUUUGUCUGCUCAACUCCAGGCUCUGUUGUGGCAUGGUGGGGGCAUGGCUGGGAUGUCAGGUGGUCCACUGCUCCAGCUCCUGACAUUUCUUAUGCUGCAAAGAUCUAGGAAAUCCCAGGCUCAAGUUUCUCCCAAGCCAUACACAGAGAGCCCUUUGCUCCUGGCUGGAAAAUAAUUGGAAUCAUUACUGCUUCUCAGAACUAAUCUGUUCUCAAGAAUACCUGAUAAAGGGGUAGGGUGGAGUGGCCCAGUGCCCCUGAGCAGCUUCUGAGUUCCUAACUAAGGAUCUGUAGUUAUUCAACCAAUGAUGCUGGUGUAUUUAAAAGUAAGAAUAAAGGCUGGCAGAGUGGCUGAAAUGGUAGAGUGCUUGCCUAG